AACUGCUCUGGGAAGUCAGUUAGCACCGUGAGGUAGUCUGCUGUGGUUAGUUUAUUCUCAUACUUAGGAGCUGUUUUCUAUGAGGAUUUUACAGCCCGGAUUAAUGUUGACGUCCUCCCGUCUUUUUCAGUCGGUAACGCUCGGUGUCAUUAGUUUAUCCGUGUUGUCAUCGUGACAGUUAAACUAGCGGCUAAAAGAUAGAGUAGCUUCAGGCUAUUUUAACCUUAAAGUGGAAUUACUUCAUGGAAAUAUGAGGAUUCACAUUUGUUUAUUAUCCACUAAGCUAAAUGUACAGGACUCGAAAACAGACUUGACAUGUCAAGAAGCUUUUCAUUGAACUUGUGUAGUGGCUAUGGGCUAGCCAUCACAUAAAUGAAUCCUAACUGUUUUAAACGGAAAGUGAAAGACUAACGGCCUCUGCUUUACUUUACAACAUGUUAUUUACAAGCUAAGACGAACAAGAUGGAGUGUUUGCUGACCCGUAAUUGAGGUUGUAAACAUGAGUUUCACAGCAUAAGAAGACUACAAAUGGUUUACAAUGGGACAACUCUGGGUUUAUGGAAGCCAUCCAAAUGACCUUGGACCUUUAAUCGUUUGAUGGUUUUUACAAGUGGAGCCAGAUUGUGUGUGAUUCCAUGUUCCUCCAUGCCUUUUUUGGCAUCUAAUGGAAGAAAAAUCACACAUCAGGUCCGCCAUGGUAUCCAGACUGCCUAAGUUCGGUGGACGCUCCUCGACUGGUGCUGCCAGCCCCUUGUCCAAUGGUUCUACACACCCGACCACCCCCACUCAGGAUGGAAAGAUCACUCCCUCAGGAACACGGCCAAAUGGCGUAAUCCGAGCCUCUUCAUUUUCCUUCAAAUGGAAGAGAGACGAGGGGACAACCCCCUCGAGCCCCACCAGCCCUGAGGAUGGAGUUGAAGAAAAGGCUCAGACACUGCUCCCCCCUCUGGUAAAGGAGGUGAGAAUUGGCUCUCCAUCGACGCCCAAGAUGCGGAGGUCAGGUAUUUUGACGGUGGCUGUCUCCAGUCCCAAGGCCAUCCCCAAGCAAUCCUUGAAGAUGAGUCCCAAAGUAGUGACCAAGCUAGACCAAAGCCCACUGAACGGAGGUCCUAAAAUUGCAGCCCAUAAUGGCUUCAGCAGUCCAGUUCGAACGGGGUCAGAAUCCCGACUUGUGCGGCCGAGAGCAGGCUUGAGCUCUCCCAGAAGCAGCUCUCAAGACAGCCUGUCCCAGUCAAGUGACAGCCUGACGACCUUGGCACUUGACAACAUGGUGCGCUCAAACAGCUUCACUCACUUCAAGCAGAUUCCCUCACCCACCAGCCAGCCUAUGACGCGGUCCUUCUCCUUCAACCGGGCUGUAGAGCUAGCCAAGCCUCUGGCAAACACUCAGCUCCGGCCUCCUCGCAGUAGUUUUCUCAAACCCCCUCAGCUGAGCAAUGGAAGAGUGGGUUUAGGACUCGGAGGCCUGAAUAGCGGCCUUGGAGGUUCAGGAGGUCUAGGUGGAGGACUUCAGUACAGUAGACCACCUUCAGCUGCCUCUUCUCUCUCAAUCCCUCCAGCGCCCACUACUCCUAGUCCUCUGAGAAAGCCUCUGCUCCCCAGCUGUGUGCUCAACAAGUCAUUGGGAAGCAGUGGUUUGUCUUUGGGCUACAGGCCGGCUCGAUCUGGGCAGACCAAACAGCAAAAGCCACUUUUUCCAUGUAGGGUCAAGGGGGAUAUCAGACCUUCAACUGCCCCUGAAUUUGCAGGGCUAUUAGGGAUAGCAAUAGACAUUGAGCGGACUAGUGAGACUGCAAAAGCAGUCUCUCCCAGUGACAGUGAUGGAAGCUCCGGAGUAGGAAAAGGAGGAAAAAGUGUGCUUAAGAUCUCUGGCCAGACAGCAGGUGAGACUUUGGAGGACAUGUCCUUAUCCUCGGCCUCCUCUCUAGACAGAGGCGACACCAGUGAAGAUUUUCUAGAUGACUUUGACUGUCUGGGAGAUGGGUUCAGUGAUGGGGACCUGCCUGACAACAGAAUAACUGACAGCACUACUCAAACUCGCUUACACAGCUUUCUCAAUGAGAGCCUUGACUGGGACACUAUGGAUCUGGCAGGACAUAAAGAAGAGAGCCCUAUGCAGGACUCUCAGGGACCGCUGGGCUUGUCUUCAGAGCCGGCUGACGUCCUUCAUGCUUCGUCUGUGGAGAUGUCGCCCUCCAACAGCUCUGGUGGAACCUACAUGUGGGAUGAGGAUGGUCUCGAGCCACUUGGGGGGCCGGGGACACAUCCAUGUGACAGCUAUGAUGAUUCAGACCUCAACAGCAUGGAUAUGCUUAACAACCUGGACCCUCCGGCAUCUGGAGAGCUGGAUGAGGAUGACCUCAUGCUGGAUGUGGACCUCCCAGAGGACGGCUUGCACGACGCUGACAGGAUGUCCCACUUUGAGUGCUCAGAGAGGGCCGGUCGGCAAGGGCAGCAGCAUAGACACCAUCGCUGGAGUGGACCAGAUAACUUCUACAAUGAUAGCAGGGCCCAUGUUGUUCAACACUAUGACAGUCUCAAGGCUUCGAGGGUCUCUUCACGCUCUGUCCCCUCUGAAGGCAGGCAUCAUGGCUACUUGGCGAUGCUGGAUGAACUCACACUCGAACACGUGACUCAGGACUGCGGCUCGCUGAAGAACCAGCUGCUCAGGCUCAAAACAAUGCUACAGCUUGAGGAUACUGACUCUCCAGCAGAUGUUCCUGAAGAUAUUGAAGACAAUACAACUGCAUCACAGUUGGAGGAGCUGAUCAAGGAAGUGCAGGUGCUCAGAGAGGAGCUGAGGAGCCGAGACAAGACCAUCGCUCAGCUCACAUUGCAGUGCCAACAGUUACAACAUCAGCGGGAACCAAUGCCUGCACAGGGGCGGUCGGUCAGAUGUCAGUGUCACCACCAGAGGGCGCCCUCUUCACUACGACAGGGAGACAGACAGAUGGACAGACGGACGCAGCAUCACUAUGACAAAGCCACGCAGACCUACUGGAGACCACCGAGCCACGCUCCUCAAAUACUUCAGCCUUUCAACCCCUGCCUCAACGAGCACCUCCACCAGGGAAGACAAGUAAAAACUCCCCCCACCGAGGGCCACAGUGACUUCACAAGGAGUAGAUCAGAGGAAGAAGGAACGCACAAUGAUGCUUGUUGUCCUCCUGAUGACCCCAUGGCAGAUGUGUCUGAGCCGGCAGACCCCGACGGGCUGCCUCGUCUCCUCCGCACCCACCUACGUCCUGCAGCUCCACAGGGAUUCGCUGCCAGAGACAGUGCAGCAUCAGAAGCUCAGUCUGCAGCCCAGCGUGGAGGUGGGGCACCCGCUGUGAUUUCGCAGAGCUCUGUCACUCCUAAAUCUGCUGGUUCCUCUAGCCCUCGCAUGCUGCAGCCCCCUCGCCUUCACAAGCGCGUGUCUCUUCCCGCACUCAAGCCAGGGGGCGCUGGUAGCUUCGCCUCUCUGAAGCCAGGCUGCUCUUUAGGACCCCUGGCUAACCGGACCAAGCAGCUGCCCCCUCCGUCUAGAGGCCUUCCCUGCUUUAACGCUGGACCCCAGGUUCAGUCUCUAAGUCUAUGUCGCACUUCACUGCUUCAGCCUCGCAGAGCAUCGGAGCCUUUCAGUGAUCCGCGGGGCUCCCACUCCAGCCUGGAGGAGCCCAAUCAGGGGACACUCAGAGACCCUCGGUCUGCCAGGAUCCUGAUCCCUUUGAGUCGCUCAGGCCUCCCCAAGCCAAAGAUUCCCUGAGGAGCCUAAUCUCACCCGUCAGAACUUAAAACAGGAUUCACUCUGACAUUGAUAUUCACCCCCUAUAGACAUUAUAACAGUGUCAGUGUUUUUCCUUUUGGAUGUCACCAGGACAUACACUGAGCUCAUUAACCCACAUGGACCAAUCAGGGACUGCCUGUGUCACUGACAUUGGUUUUGUGACUGCGGCAUUCACAUCUACAACUCCCACAUGAUUAACUGAUUUAAAUAAAGUAUGAGCAGGAUAUUAUCUUCCAUAGUGGUAUGUGACAGUUUUCAGGUUCAGGGGGAUUGAUGAAAGAAGAAACGUCCAUUUAACAAGCAUUGCGCAUGCAUAUGAAUGAAUGAUAGUGUUACCAUUCAGAGGGGACAGCUUUCGUUUUUUAUACCCGCUGGCUGUUAUGAAGUUUCAAAGUUUAAGUUCGUAGCUGUGCCCUUUGACACACAAGUGCAUUUGGUUUCAAACAUGGAGGUGACAAAUGUGACCUUUUCAGUGUAAUAGAAGACCCAGAGGCAGAUGGAGGCAAACAUAUAGAGUGGUAAAAAGAAGGAUAACAUAAAAGCAGAAGUGGCAUGGGGGCUGGUUUGAAAAACAAAUUUGUCAAAGUGCUCUGGAGCUGUCACUCCCAGAAAGAAAAUGUGUUUUUGUAAAUGUGCCAGUGUAUGUAUGGAGGUGAGAAAUGACAGACGUAGAGGUGAAGUGCAUACAUGUUUUUAUUUCAGUUGCAAUUCACACCCUCUGUGUACAAUGAAUGCAUCUCAGACGGGAAUAUAGGCUUAUAGAAAACAGUACCAUGCUGGUGGUGGAGAUGAUGGUUUCAUCAUUUAGUUGAGAGAGCGGCGUACAAAAGCACUCGCACUUAAGUGUGCUCAGGUACGACGUAGGCGAACACACACAGUACUGAACAGUGUGAAGCAGUUAUUUUAGGGCUACUCUAGAGAUGGAAAACAGUGAAGAGUACCAGGAAACAUUAUGUGUGACCUGAGUGAGGAGAAAAGCAUGUAACAAAAUUAAUUUAUUAUAUGAGUCUUUGAAUCCUUGUCCUAAUAAAAAAAUAAAAAAGAACACGCAACAUUUCCAGUAAUGUGAGAAAAGGGUCAAUUCAACCUUUUUUUGCAUUUGUGUAAUGCUUGCUUCAUUCUUAAUGACCCACACAUGUAAAGAUCAGCUUACAGGAACUCAUUCGAUGUGUGAAGCUGCUGCCUGGUGUGUAUACUGAAUGUGAGGUUGUGUAUGUGUGAGUAUGAGUGUGUGUGUCUCCCUCCUCCCCCCCUCCUCCCUCUCCUCCUCUCGCUCUCUUGCACAUCUCUUUGGGAACAUCAAAGGUAUUAGUGUGUUAUUUUCAGGUAGGGAGCCUUUGGGGCUUUAGUGGUGUUUCUGUUGGAGCUUUGGAGAAUUGUGUUUAUCUCUCCUUUGCGGAGCCCUUUUUGCAGUCAAACGCUCUCGAAAAUGUUCCCGAACGGAGAGCAGCAGUGUGUUAAAAAGGCCUUCUGACAGCAACUCAGCUCUCUUCUCUGUCACGCCGCGUGACCGCUUGGUGUACGCCUCUGGCACUGUCCGGUCUACUGCGUCCAAUAAUGCACCCUACAUAGACGGAGUGAGACAGGAAGAGAGAGAGAGUGACACACAGACAUAUAACACGCAUACACAUCCGGACACACAAGAUACAUUGACGCACAAGAACUCUGAUAAAACUCAAAGAGACACAAAACUCAGUUCACACUUCCUGGUAGCCAACCAAAUGGGCCUACAUGCACACACUUUGAAUUCUAUAGUAAAUAAUUAAAAGUGUUGUUGGUGUUGUUUUGGUAGUUUUCACAAAAUGAGCUCGCCAAGUACACAUUGAUCCAUCUGCCACUGCAGCCAAGAAAAAGGUGGCACUCCCUGGAUUACCCUGGAAAUGGGUAGAGGCUGGAAAUGUGGAUCCAUGUGGCUGAUAAAGCGUGUUUACCUGUUGGAAAGAUUCAACACUGUGCUAAACCAGCCAAGCAGUCAACACUGCAAUGGGAAGCCAAGAAAAAAACCCAUUUAUUUAAAUGAAAACAGAGACAGAACGUAUAUAGAGAGGAUGAGAAAGAUGCACAGAGAGAGACAAGAAGACGGAGCGUGAAGAGAGAGCAAAGACUAAUAGAUGAUGAGAUGAAAUAGUGAAUGUGCUAUGAUCAGGAUAAGCUGGCAGGCGUUUCUGCUUGUGAAUGUCUAUAAAAUGUCGUCACGAUUUGCGUAAGAGAGGAGAGUGACACAGAAUACUUAACAUGUUAAUGUGUGGGCUCCGUGGUCCGGAGAAUGGCUCACUAACUGCUUAGUUAUGCCAAACAGGAAAUCAAUGUUUCCCGCUAUAUGUUUGUGCAUCUGUUUGUGUGUGUAUGUGCGUCUCCAAACACCUCUGGCUGCCAGUGUUUUUGUGGUGUUAGUGAGUGUGUGAGAGAAAGAUGUGUCUGCCUACAGGCCAAAGGCAGACCCAUACCAGGGAAGCGGGGCACUGUCAUCCUUCCUGUGCUGUGUUCCCUAUCCCCCAAUCAAUGUCCCUGCUCAGUUUAGCAUUCAAGACAAUCAGUCUUGCUAGCUUUGCUAUAACAAAACCACAACUGGGCUCUCUGUAGCAACUUGGAUCGAUUCUAAUGCGGGAUCUUGAUUCACGUUUUGUGACUCACACACUGCAUUGCACAACAGGAAAAAGCACCCAGGUUGUUCUAUAGUAUUACUUCUUAAUGAGCACCAAACUCACAUUAUCCAUUACUGCAAGAACAAAACACAGGGGCAUAUUUGCACCUGCUAUAAUCUGUACUUGUGUUUCGAGAACAGAUCAGAUGUGUGUGUAUAAGAAGCUGCGUUUACAAACCCACAGAUAAUUAGCCCCUACUGUAAAUCUCUAGGUCCCCUCGGCUUGAAAGAUGAUUUUAGCCUCUUUCAAUAUCCAUCAAGGUCAUUUCCAGAUGGAGCAGGCAGCUGUUUCCAGUGAAAAAAAGCUCUGAAAAACCUACUGUAUCCUACCUGGCCAAAACCAUACGACGGAGAGAAAGAUUAAAGGUGGGGUAGGUACAUUUCAGAAACCGGCUCAAGUGCACUAACAUUUGAAAGUACACAGCCGAAAAGAAUCCGCCCCUUCCUUCAGACUUCCUUACAGAGCACCUCCUCCAACACACAUGAACGCGCAAUGCACGCCCAAUUACGGCACGCCCAAUGAGGGCACGAGAUACAUUUGUGCGUGCACGAGAUGGAAGGCUGACAGACAGGGCGGCAAUCCAAUCCGUUUAGCCGGGCCGGCUAAAAUGAUUGGUCGUGCUUUUUACAGUAUUACGGCUUCCACAGAUGACAUUUUUUAAUGGAUUUUUUUGUCAAAGCACUUGAGAUAUUCAUUGCUAUCGGGAUGUUAAGAGCAUCCCAUGGAAUAUAACAAAAAGUGUAUCUCGAGCCGGUUUCUGAAACAAUCGAGCUGCAGCUAGCAAAACAAUUUGCAAAGAAGAAAAUAAAAAAACACACUUGGACACAAACAUGACUCCAAAUUAGUGAAUGAGUAAAUAUUACAAGCUAUUGUUUGCUAACAAAAUGACCCUAUAAACUUUAUAAGGUGUCAAUCUGUUGUUCUGGGUCUACAGCUAGUGUCCGCUGCUUUCAAGAUGCCACAAAUAAUGAGUUAAUGCAUGUGUAAAACCAUAAUGAGGAGCUGUUGUUUUGUGGCCAUCUUCUACCUUCUCCUGUUGACGGUUUUAAAGUAGAGUGCUUAAACUUGCAAAAAUGCCUUUGCUUAUUUUUGGAGUAACUCUCUUAUAUUUGACUGUGUUGCAUUGCAUUUCCCAUCAGACACAGCACAGUCCACUGCUUCAAAUCUGCCACGUAGUAUAUCUAUUUAUAUCCCCAUAAUAUGCAAUGUCAUUGUGUUAAUCACAUUCAUAAUACUAUAAAACUACUACAGCCGUUAAGCACUGUCUUGUGUAUACUGUGCAAUAAUGUCUUGAAGCUGAAACAAGGGAGCGCUACACUGUUUUUUGCAACCUUUUAUGCAAAUGUAAAAAAGCUAAUAAAGCUUUUUAAAAGUUCUAAUCUUAAGCACUUUAAAUGACAUUGGUUGUUAAUGCUGAAUGAACAUUGAACUGGAUUUAAAGAUACUUGGUUCUGAAGUACAUUUUGAUUUCUAAUAUUAUUUUCCUUUUCCCAGUGUGUGUCUGUUUGCAAAGGUAUUCUAUUUUCUAAGUAGCCAUGUGAGACGGCCAUAAAGGUUGAACCAAAAAUCUAACAAGGGUGUUUCAGCUAACCUUCUGUAAGUGGCCAAAUGUCACCGUUUACUAUGUUUCUUUAAAAUGUUGUUUCCAUCCAAACUGCUUGCAUGUUAGACUAAUAACCUCCAGCUGGUUUACGGAAAAUGUCAAACAUCAGAGCAGAAUAUGGUGCUGUGCCAUGAAAGAGAGGCCACAGGUGAAAUCCCUGUGGUGAGGUACUUCUUUGAAUGUUAAUGUUGUGUAUUGAUCCGGAUCAUAGACCGUUGUCAACGCUUACAAACAUAAAGCUGCUGACCUCAGUUGAAGAUGAGAAACCUCAUUCUUACUGUUUUCACUGUCUACUGGUUUUAUUUCUGGAAAUAAAGUAUGAUUGUGAAACUAA